AUGAAUCAAGAGAAUGUUCAGCACCUAAAUCCCACGAUCACGCCUUCAAUGGAGACUACUGCACAAGCAUUAUCAAUUUCUCACAAGAAAACCUUUAAGGACGAUUUAUUUCCCCUUUGUGCUGAGCUUUUUCAUAAAGUUCAUUGUCCAAUAUUUGUGGUAUAUCCAUUCUUAAUGGUUUUCUUUCUACAAGUUUUAUUCGUCUCAUUAUGGCCUUGGUCUCCAUAUUGGAAUCAAGCUCAUAAUACGAAUGUUAUGAACUGGCUUCGAACAAUUAUCUUUUACCUACCUGUUCCUCAUGAUCCUAUUCUACAUUUCUACUCAUCUUUAGUAUAUUUCUUAUUGAAUUUAACAGCCAUUGUUCUUAUUAAAAUUCAACAAAGUUAUUUCAAAUAUCAGCGCAAAUUUAUCAGUUUCUUAAACUAUCCAAUCAGAUACUAUUUUGAAACUUUUAUGGUUGCAAUGAUUAUGCCAAACGUUGUUAAUUUAGGAGAAAUAUUUACACUAAUAGCUCAUGGACAGCAUCCAGCAACAUUAAUAAUAGCUUUCAUAUUUACUCUUUUCAAUGAAGUAUUCAUUUGUUAUUCAUUUAUCCUUUUCCAAUAUUUAGGCAGUUUUUCAACUUUCGUCAAUAUUUCACCGCUCUUAAAUUUUGAUUCAGAAUUUAUCAUCAAAGUCACAUAUUCAAUUCGUAUUUCACUGUUUUCAUACUUUAUUGUAAAUUUAUUUGAAAAUUGGUCAUAUUUAGUUAUAAUUGUAUUACAUUUCGGCUUAUUUUUACAUACAUUGAUAUUUUUAAUCAAAGAAGUUACGUUUGAAAAUCCAUUUGUUAAUGGAUCUGGAUUUGGAUUAUUCUUUGCUUGCUUAAUUUGCGAUAUUGUUAUGUUUGUAUGCCAUUUCAAACCAGAGAUUCCUAUUUUGAUACCUCUUCUCCAUAGUGUUUUUAUAUUUGGAUCAUGCGUUGUUGUAGGCACUAUUUUCUUCAUUCUCAGAAUGAAUUUCAUCAAAAAGAAAUUAUCAGUCAUCAAAGAAAAUCAACAAGAGUAUAACACUUAUUUCGAUGAACUUGGUUUAAGAUAUAAUGAAUCUAAAGUUUUGACAUAUCUUAGAGUAUCAUUCAUAAAAUGCUGUCCAUGCUUCUACAACCUUUCUCUCAUCAACUACAUAUCGGAAUUUUAUGAAUCAGAGAAAGCAAUUGCAAUGUGCCUUUUCUUUGUCAAUUUUUUCCCAAAAGAGUUUAGAAUUCAGAGUAAACUAGAAAAGCAGAUCAUGAGAAUGAGGGAAAUAAGCUUAAUGUCCCGAUUUAUUCUAUACCAAGUUGAAAAUUUAAAAACUCUUCGACAGUUUUCGGACAAUUCACAGGCAAGAAUCAAACUACUAGAGCUAAAUAAUAUUUCCAGACAGUGCGAAAUGAUGAACAUUAAUGGUUUGGAUGAUUCAAAAUUAGAUAAAGGAUAUUUUGAAGGUUUAAGUUCAAAAUGCGCAAGAACAAGAGCGGUUUGGAGGGAAGCAUUGACAUCAAACCCAAACAAUCCUAAAUUCUGCGAGGAAUUUUGCAGAUAUUUAAUUGAAGCAGAAUGUGACUUCCCAGAAGCUUUGAAGAUCAAAAACAGACAGCUAAAUAUCGAACUAGGAAAGAGUUAUUCCGUUGAUCACGGUUUUAGAUCAAUGGUUGCUGCAUUUCCAAAAUAUUUAACGGAAGGAAUUGUAGAUUUUAACGGAAAGAUAGUCAAAAACGAUGUAACAGUUAGUAACCAGUCAGAUCAUUCCAAUCCGAAUGAUAGUUCUAAGCCACAAAAAUCAGAUAAGAAAUCUACAAGUUCAAGUAACGAAUACAAUGACUCUGAAGGUACAUUAGAUACAGAACUUGAAGAAUAUCUUGGAAAGAACUAUUUGAAGCUCGCAAGAACAAGAUUGGCUUUGCAUCGACUUCUUGAGCAUAAAUUACCAAAAAGUGUCAGAUUUAUUAGAUUGUUGUUUAUUAUUCUUGUUGCUUAUAUUGUCGUCAUCUUUACUUUAACUUUUGUUUAUUCUUUGAUCAAAUCUAACCAUCAAAUUUAUAAUAUGCAACAGUUAGAUUACAUUUCCAAAUCAAGAUUCUAUUCCGCAUUAUCCAGUAUCUCUCUCAUGGCUCAUUACUUCAAAGUUCAUGGUGCUUUCACGAAAUAUUUAGAUGCAUUACAAGU